AUGCCGGUCGUGCCGCCCCAGGACCAGCUGCGCCAAAGCGCGGGCAGGCGCGCCACCCGGAUGGUCGGCAGGCGCGCCAGGUUGACGGUGAAAAACACCUUCAUCAGCGAGCUCGACAGCCCGGAGGCCCCGUCGCCCGGCCCCCGCGGCGCCUCCCGGACCUGGGCGGCCGGCGCCGGCCCCGACGCAGAGCCGACCGGCGCGGGCGCACGCCCGCUGGCGCAAGGCGCCCGCCGCGAGCUCGACGUGGGCGCCGGCGGCGGGCCCUGCGGGCAACGGCGCGGGUCCGGCCGCGGGGCCGAGUGCGCGGGCGCUGCGCGGCGGCUGCCGUCGCGCAGCCUCUCGCCGUGCUACGUGAGCCUCCGGGAUGAGGAGCCGCCGCUCCGGGCGGGCCCGGGCCAGCCCCCGGGGCUGCGCCUGCCCCUCCUGCGGCCGCCGAGGCUCCCCGCCGGCCCGGACGGCCAGCCCACGCCGGCGGGCACGGCCUCGCGCGGGCCCUCCGCCGACCCGUGGGAGCAGCGCACGCCGGCCCUCACCGCGUCCCGCUGGCCCUCCGCGGAGCUCGCAGCGCCCGGGCCCGCCUCGGGCCCGCCGUCGCCGGCCCGCACCGCCUCGCGGUGGGCCUCGGCCGACCUGGGCGAGUGCGCCGUGGGCCAGGCCGCCGCGCUGGACCAGUCGACCAGCUCGGAGGUCUCCACGGGCAGCGCCGGGGCCUGCAGCAGCCUCACCUGGAGUGCCGACCAGCAGGCGGUCGGCGAGCAGAGUUGGGAGUGGCGCCCGGCGCCAUCCCGCGUGGGCCUCGAGCCGCAUGUGGCCGCCCCCGACCCGGCCACCCCCGGUCCACCGGCGGCCGUGGCCGCGCCGAUCGCUGCUCCGCACUCGGGCGCGGGCAUGCCCCUGUGCCUCUCGGCCGCCAUUGGGCCAGCGAGCUGUGGCGCCAGCAUGUUCCCGCUGUACCUGCCAGGCACGCCCGGGGGAUGCUUCGGUGGGGUCAUGCACCCUGCAGCCCUGGCCGCCGCCUGUGAGCAGCAGCUGCAGCUCGUGCACAUGGCCAGGCUGGCGGCGACCAUGCGCGCCCCCGUGCCGGCACCUCCCGGCCUCCCCGCCACUGCCCGGCCCGCCGCACAGCCGCCCGCUGUGGAGCUCGCGGCAGCCCUCGGCAGCGGCGGCCGCGAUUGCGCUUCAGGCAGCGGUGGCCCGGCGCGCCCGAGCCAGUCGAGUGCCUCGGCGGCGGCGGCAGGCGCCCUGGGCACCAGCAUGGCUGCUGCGAGGCGCGCGCGCCCGCAGGGCUCCCGGCGGCUGCGCAUGUGGGCACACCUCCACCUCCAUAUGCAGGCCCCCGGGUUCGACCUGGUCCCCCGUCUCAUCGGGCGCGGGGGGUCCACCCUGCGGGGCAUCGCGGAGCGCACCGGCUCCAAGAUCCGAGUCCGCGGCCGCGGCAGCGGCCACCUCGAGGUCAAUGGCACCAGCGAGGCUCCGUGCCCGCUCAUGGUCGCCGUGACCACGGAUCGUCAGGACAACGCAGGUUUCGCCUCGGCCGUUGAGAGCGUCGUGCGGGAACUGCGCGCGUUGGAGCGACGGUUCCACGCGUUCUGCGAGCAGCGCGGUGUGCAGCACGAGGACCCUGGCUUCAGCGUAGGACUGCUCGGUCCCGGUGCCCAGGACCUCCUCGGCGAGGCCCUGGAAGGAGUGGCGGAGAGCCGCGCCUGCUAA